AUGGCACUUAGGAAAGAUACUUGUAACAGCGUUGAUCCAAAAGAUUUGUCCGAAGAUUCUCAAGGUCGUCGAUAUGGAUUAGGUUCAUCGGUACAAGCUUUUACCGGACAAGAAAUGAACUCGAAUAAUAAUAAGAAGCAACAAAAGAAGAAAAAAUGCCGUGGUAAUCGAAAACAACAACACCAACGGCGAAGACUACGCCGUCAACAACAAAAACAGUAUAAUACUACUGAUCAUCAUAUGGAUCAAAGUGUUUUAAUUGUGAUAGAUGAUACUGACGAUGAUCCACAAGAAGAUGAACAACAACAACAGAUUCAAGUAUGUUAA